AUGUCACGGUCACUGAAGUGUCGGCUCGAGGGCACUCUCAUGACCAAGCCCCGAUCUGGCACCACAAAGUGCUCCAUCCGACUGCACAACGACACGCCCCCAUUCUCACCCCGUCCACGCAGCCCACAAAAGCUGAUUUUCACGGCCGACCUUACCACCGCCGCCGAUCAGAGGCGCGACGAGUGGCCUUGUCCGCCGCGAAGCCUCGAAGGACCACGAGGGCCGCCCACGAAGGCCCGGCUGGUGAUAACGCCCGCCACAAUCGCCCGACAGACUCCGCGUAAAGACCGGAGACAAGCGCAGGACGUCGCACCUACUUUAUUCUGCCAAUACUGCGCGCUCCUGGUCCCGCAAAACGCCCAUGAUCCACUGCACCGGGCAUACUCCGUGGAAAAGGACAUUGGCGUCUGCCCCUUGUUAGCUCUUGUAUUCCCCUCAACAACCCUGUCUAAAUCCUCGACAAGCCCCUCCUUGCCAGUAAGCAUGGAGACCUUUACAAGGCGGUUCCUUUACAGCGAGGGUCCAGGCCAAACCCUCACUCCAGGUCCACGCUUCGUUGUUUUGACAUAUCGGGCUAUUUGUUCGAUGCUCGGUAUAGUGGAAUCCGAGCGUGCUGAGAAUACGAAUGGGCCUGCAUGA